CCACUAUUUAACUAUUUUCGUUUCCGAUUACGCGACGUACGAGUUUCCGCGAAAGUUCUAUCCAUUUCCCGCCCUAGGGAAUUCGUUUAAUAGCAUUAGUUCCAUUCUGUCGCACGGCACGCUUUUUGACAUUUGACAAUAUCUCCAUUUUCCAAAUUAGAUGCUGGCUAUUUUUGUGCUGUGACCAUAGUUUGCCAUAAAAGCAAAAAUUGGAUAGUGGCUAAAACGUUUGUUUUUAAGUGUACACUUAACCAUGAGCAACUUAAGUUCACUUGAAUUACUCAUGCUGAAGCAGACUUGUCGCUUUUUCGCUUACAAGUUUGAAAUGGGUUCAAAUCAAUCACCUCCAGACGCAUCAAAUAUUUAUUCGCUCGAAUUUUUGAAAGCGUUAUACGACCGGCCGAAAGAGAACAUUCACAAAAUCAUUCGGUCCAGUCUAGCCAGCAACGAAAUCGAGAAUGGCGAAACAGAGGGUACGAACGAAAAUGAAGACAAGUUCACUCUCAAACAGAAAAAAAUCCUACUGGAGUUUUUCAAAAACGUCGUCGAUAUGAAAUCACAACCAGCCAAACAGUGGACAGACUUGCAGCAUUAUUUGUGUUUCGUGUAUAGAUAUUGCAUGACCACCGAUCCAGACCCCGAACAGGAGAUUCUUUCGCCGUAUUUCAUUGCCGAUAUGAGGAGUAUCGUGUGCAGCUUGAUGGAAGAAGACCAGGUCCAACUUUGCCUUAGACUAUUUUCUCUGGUCAGAGAAUACACUAUAUUCGCUCAGAAACAACACCAAAAAAUCGCAGAUAUGGAGGCCUCCAUUGAAAGUUUAUUUUACUAUUACGAAGCAUUCUUAUCGGCGACGAAAAAUAUAUGUAAAAUAUUCCCCGAAUUAGAAAAACUUCUAAUCAACACAUACAAGUUAGGUUGGCUUGAUUUCAACACAUCAAUAUUUAUGUACUAUUUCUACGAAACUUCGUACGUCCAAACCGUAGUGGCCGAAUUUGAACAGGUUAAAGACAACGUAUCCAUUAAAGCCGCGGGGAUUUACACAGUUUUAACAGAACUACACAAAUUAUGGAGGUCUCAAAUGUUAGGGAUUAACACGGUUAUAGCGAGUAAACUCGGGGCGAAGUUUAAAGGCUUGGACAAUAAAAUGAUGUCAUCGCACAAACGAGUUUUGUCGAAAAAUUUUUGGAUAGAUCGGUCUGCAGACGAGAAAGCGUUACAAGAUAUGCGCCUAUUUGAUUGUCAGUUGUUCACUCUGGUGGGUAAUAGGAACCUAACUAUGCCGGACGCAACCCUAGACGACUCAGGCCAAUGUAUUUGCGAAGACUGCCUAAUAAUUAAGUACACUUCUAUCCUUGAAAACAGCCAAAACAAGAUAUCUUCUGAAUGCAUGAAAGUUUCUUGUAGGUUCUGCAGGCAGCAAGUGGAUCUGGAUCAUUUCCAGCAGCACGUAAACGGUCGAGCUCUCGCCGAACUUGAAGGCUGUAAAAACCUCUCAAAAAUCAUAUCCGAAAACAUGGAAAUAGUAACACUCGGGAUGACGAAUCCGAAAAACUCCCGAAAAAACAACGGUGAUUCUCAAGGUUCCAUUAUUCACGACCAAAAUACUCUUAAGCGUCACGAAAGUAGCAACGGGGAGAUAUCUAAGGACCCCAAUCCCAAACUCGCAAACGAACCGCCCGUCUUCAAAAAUGAUCUCGACGAUAUUGACGUCACGAGGUUCUCGUUUCCGGACGUCGAAGUUACAAAAAUGUCAGGAAAGACUUUUUGUAAUUUUUUAAAAUAUAGAAAUUUCUUGCCCAGGUCAGAGAAGGAUAAAGAAAAUCGGUGCGACAGGAGCGUCAAGGGAACGAAGGAGCCGGUGGCGGGCCACAAUGCGGUUAAGCAGGUAGCUCCUAAGUCCGACGAAAAAGGCAACGAUGUAGUUAAAAACUCAAAAUCAGUUGGUACCAACACCUCAAACAAAAGCUCCGGUAUGACUUUUCCCUGCGGGCACAGUUGUAAACUCGAAGAGGAGCUAAAAUCAGAGUUCAAAAAAGCUUAUCAAGACACGUGUGACCACCACAAGGAGUCGAAGAAGUGCGAUUGUACUUUUUGCGAGGUGUUCGGCACAACGACUUCACACGUACACAAAGCAAACGAAACUCGCAACAGAUUGAGAAUACGACUAAAUCAAAGAAACGAAAAUGGCAACGGCGUUCCGAAAAAGUCACAGACGAUCAGCAAAACAAACAAACCCGAGUCUCCUGCCGCAGCCAAACAUAAUCACAGCGAAGUGAAUACGCCGACGAACGAAGAUGCCAACCCUUUGAUGAACGACAUACAUGGUUUGUUGAAUUACAUCGAAGGUAACACGAACGUGGACAAAUUCGCGCUAGCGGAGAAGAAAGCGGCGAAGAAGGCGAGACAAAGACACAAAAAGGAACAAGAACGGUUGAGAAUCGAAGAAGAGGAAAGGAAAAAGAUAGAAGAAGAGAAAAGGAAGGCGGAGGAGAGACUCAGGAACGAGGAGCUGGCGAGGCAGCUCGCGGAAAAAGCAGCCAAAAACACGAAAAAAGAGAACAAGAAGAAGAAACAAAAAGGGAAGAUUCAAGAAACUCCCGAGUUGCUGGAAGAGACGAUUCCUGCGAUGGUCACUAUUAAAAGGGUCGUAGAGAACGAAAACGCGUUGCCGACUGUUACUAUAACGUUGAAAGGGUCGACGCCCGAUCAAGAUAAACUUUUAUAUACUCUAGUGAAUGGACACGACGGAAACAAUGCUCAGUUAAACGACAAGAAAAAUAAAAAGAACAAAGAGCCCGUUACUAAGACUGUUAAUUUAGAAGUGAACGCAGCUACGAAUCAGAAGAAGAAGAAAAAUAAGACGGACAAGAGCAAUCAACAAUCGAACGUUAUAACAAAGGAGUUACGAGUGACGUUAGCGGUAGACCCGGCCGCAGCUACCGAAAAGAAGAACAAACAAGUAAAACAGGGUGAAACGAAGAUUAACAAGAAACCAGACAACAACAACAAAAAAGAAAAAAGUAAAGAAGCCGAUAUUAACAUACCGAUGUUGAAACUGCCACCAGGUAUUACUAUAACUAAGGUUGACGGUCCUAUGACUGAUCGGAACUACAAAGCCGCGAAUAUCGAAAGCCCGCCCUACAACUCCAAUAUUCCAGUUAGUAAAUCCGGGGUAAUCGUCGUAGACACCGAAAAGUUAAUAAAACAAUCCAGCGUCACGACGAACGGGACCACAAACCCCAGCAAAAAAAGCCGUAGGAAACGUAACAAAAAGCAGAAAGAGUUACAAACCAACCCUUCCCCAGUCCCCAGUAAACCCUCAAUGGUAACAUUGAAAAACCCCAUAUUCCAAAAUAUGCAACACGUGCGGCAAGAACCCGAAAUGAUGCCCGAUUUGAACAACGGGCAAUGUCAGCAAGCCGCCAUCUUUAAAAAUGAAAACGGGAUGGUUACGAUCAGGAGUUCGCGGUUACAGCAGAGCUUAAAUAGCGGUUCACCGAUUCCGACUUUGUUGCCGGACUUGAAGCCAGUCCUUGGACCCGAAGUACCGACAGGAUACAUGUCUUCGAGCAACUUCUCGGAAUUCUCGAGGAUAUCGUCCUUCAACGCUCAAGAGAUCCUAUCGGGCUUGCCGGGUAUCGAAAUAACGAAGGUUGACAAAAAUGCGACGAAAAACGAUUUGGAUAACAAGAAGUCCUGUCACACCGCCGAGGUUUCCAUCAUACCGGCGAACAACUCCGACAAAUUUAAUUUUGAUAAAGAUGACUUACAUUAUGAUAACGUUUUCACUCCUAAAGAUAUUCUAGAGGACGAUAUGGAUGCCGACGAGCGGGAAUUGGAAGCAUUCAAACGGUUCUGCCAGCAGUCUGUACCUCCCAAACGCAAAGAAAAAGUUGCUCAUCUCAAUGUAAAAGAUAUCGUUUUGAAAAAGAAAAAUGACAAAGUGUCUGCUUAGUUGUCGAUUUUUUAGAAGUUUUAUGUUUUGCUUAGUUUCAAGAUUUGAUCUUGAGGUUUCAUUUUUUGUAAUUGAGGCAGGUUUUCUCCAAAUUGGAGCUUGACAAAUGCCCCAAUUUUAAUUCGUUUCAAUGAUGUGCUGUUUUUUCUUGCUCGAAACUUAUUUAUGAUUUGUACAUGUUAAGGUUGUCCAGAUCUAAUCUGAUUGUUAUUAGUAACAAAUGUGAUUUAGUUUUUCCACAAAAAUUUUCAUGUUUUUUUAAUGCCAAUAAAUAUAAAUGUCCGAA